AUGUUUUUCUCCAAGCUCUGUCGUUUGGGUCUACGUUUGGCUUUUGGAGAUAUGCAGUCUGCCUCCGGGCCGACUGCUACGGUGGUUCAAGUCUCUCCCAAAGGUCACGGGACCACUCCAACCAUCAUACAGCAGAACGGUCAACACGUUCUAGUUGGGAAGCUUGCUACUAGUACCAGUCGUCCAGCCACGGGUACAACGGAACUCAACGCGCUGCAGUCGAAUAAUCAGGCCAUAUAUCCCGCGCAUUAUAUUGAAACCAUCGCAGAGCAGACGAUUUAUGCAGCAAAUGGAGAAAACGGACAUGUACAAUAUCAAGGUUAUGCUCCAAUUAUUUACGCUCCCGUCUCUGGUGGGCAAACAUACUAUCAAACUGCAACGGGCCAAGUUUUGGCUUCAGCCUUCACCGGCUCCAGUGGAACAGCGGGAGCUGGGACGAACUCUGGUCCUCAACCUGCCACUUUGGGUGCAGGUCAUGCGCAGCUUGUUACACAUCAAGGGGCCACUUACCUGGUUCAAGGUGGCCAAUUAGAAGAGGAUCCAUCAUCUAUUUCGCACACAGCUAAAGCCAGCCCUCUGACGGUGCAGUGGUUGGUGGAGAAUUACGAGACUGCGGAGGGCGUUAGCCUGCCCCGAAGUACGCUUUACUUUCACUAUCUACAACAUUGCAACGAACACAAAUUGGAGCCUAUGAAUCCGGCUUCAUUUGGCAAACUUAUACGGUCAGUUUUCUUCGGACUUCGUACCCGGCGUCUCGGAACCCGGGGAAACUCGAAGUAUCAUUAUUAUGGCAUUCGCAUUAAGGCUGGAUCUCCGCUGAAUCACUUUGUUGAAGAUGCAGGGUUCUCACUUCGUCAUUACCCCAAUUACCAUCGUCAGACAAUGGAUGCAGCUGCAGAGUGGAAGAGCUUUACGAAUUCCUCAAUUGUUCGGUUAAAGAGUGGGAACGUUGGGUCCACUACCGGUGCUCAUGGUCAACACAGCCAAACAUUAUCAACACAACCUCCACAUAGUACAGAUUUUAGUGCAUCGUCUCUGCGCUCAGACAAGCCGUUUUCUUCUUCCUACUUGAGCAGCACCGCCGUCUCGCAGUCCAGCAAUGUAAAUACUGAAAAUGUAUCCAGUUCGGGUUCUUUAUCCAGCCCUAUAAUCACACCUGCUGGCCAACAUCAACAUGCGCAGUUUCUGGGGGAAGCUAGUUCUGCCUUGCCCAAUUUAGAUGAAAUUUGUCGUUCUUCUGGACUCCCUGUCCCCGGCGAAACUGACUUGUCCAGUUUAGUCAGUGCAGACGCUGUGAAGAAGACCAAGGGAAAAUUGGAAUCAACCACGCUCGACCCGUCCUUCUUCGCUGAUGCUAUCACCUUCUGUCGUUUGUACGCUUUGUCUGCAAGCUAUAUGUUGGACGCGGUCGUUAAUCUGGAUUUUACGGCCAUCGAGACAGUUUGGAAAGCAUUUUGGCGCACGGAAGAAGUACGGGACUCGCGUCUGAAGCAGAGUUUGCCGCAGGACCGUCUUUACGCUUUGGUGUCCGAUACGUCAGUCCUUCAAUUCGUUCGAUUGUACGACCAUACGUUCUACCAGUCCCUCGCAGAAGUACUCAUUCCAAAUGUAUUACGACCCAUUCCUCAUACACUAACGCAAGCGAUUCGGAACUUUGCGAAGUCUUUGGAAGGCUGGAUGCGGCAAGCCACCCAAGGCCUAGACAGUACCCUGGUCAGAUUGAAAUUAUCUGCCGUGUCUGCUUUGGCACAGACCUUGCGGCGGUAUACUAGCUUGAAUCAUUUGGCUCAAGCGGCGCGUACGGUUUUAAAAAACCAUAACCAGAUCAAUCAAAUGCUGACCGAUCUUAAUCGUGUGGAUUUUAACAACGUACAGGAACAAGCUUCCUGGGUGUGCCAGUGUAGUGACGCUACAGUAAGUCAGCUGGAGCAGGAUUUUAAACGUAUCCUUCACAAGCAUGCAUCGCUGGAGGAAUGGGCCCAGUGGCUAGACACGGUGGUUUCCAGUAUUUUGCAACCACUUGAAGGGAAUAGCGUGGCCUACACGCGGGCUGCACAUCAGCUCAUUCUUAAAUGGUCUUUCUACAGCUCCAUGGUGAUUCGGGACCUUACUCUCCGGUCCGCAGCCAGUUUUGGGAGCUUUCACCUAAUUCGUCUUCUCUUUGACGAGUACAUCUUCUACUUAGUCGAACACAAGGUGGCUGCGCAUCUCGGGAUGACUCCUGUGGCCGUGAUGGGUGAAAUGGGUCGGGACCUCGCUCAACAACAUUAUGCUCAAUCACGUUCACAUUCUGACUUGAUUGGUCGACGUGAGUAUAAGUCAGGCGCGACAAACGAUGUUGACACAAUUAGCUUUGCUACCGAAGACGACCAUUAUUUACCGCUUUUGAAUGAACACCGGUCCAAGCAGGCCGUCUGCUCGAAUACCGAGGAGGAUGAGGAGGUUGAUGAGUAUUUGGAUGAUGAAGACGAAGUUGACGACUCUACCGGUGAUGAAAGUGCCAUGCUAAAGCGAGCACACGAGUCUGUACAGGCGUACUGUCGACAAAGCACUGCAUCUCUGAAACCUUCUGAAAACGAUGCUCUUGAUUCAGUUGUAGUUUCAACUACCACAGAAGAUGGACUAGAGGCUACAAAUAUUUCCGAAUCUUCUUUGUGUUCUGUCAUCGGACGGGAUGCUGUUCCCGGUGGGACGGAAUGUCUGGACAAUUUUAUCGAGGAAUCAAAUAUUCAGUCUUCAGAACCUUCGGAACAACCUGGACCAGGAUCGACCGGAGAAUCCCAGGCAGUUUCUAGUUCGUUGGAUGAGGAGAAAAUCUCUGAGGAUGCAUUUCUUGUUGUUCCUCAGCCCAGUUGUUCACCGCCACCGAUUGUUGCAAACCCUAUUCCAGUUCGGAAAGUGGUUCGUGUAACAACAUUCUGUGAUCCAAACCCAGCAAACUUGGAAGUGCCCACACCCUCACUUACUCCUACGGACGCCAUCAACAGCAAGGCUGUGUUAACCGCCAGAGAUACACACAUAUCCGUUUCCACUGACAAAUCCGAGCUGACACAAGGCAGCCCGGCUAAGCGCCUGAGGCUUUCUCAGGCUUAACUGCUCCGGCAGCAUCUUGCACCCUGUGACGGCUCAAUCUGAGUGACCCUACUCUCAAUGCAUUGAUGUUAACCCCUUCCGAGUGUCAUCAUCUGUUCUUCAUCCGGACUACUGGAAACACCCACUGCACCCAUUUGUCGUUUGAUUCUCCCGUGUGCACCUAACCCAACCUCCGUGAUGCGGUUGGUUCCCUAUGGCCUUACCAGUCUACUUACUGUCGUUGUUCUUGGAGCAGCUAUUUUGUAUAGCGUCAACCUCGGGUCUCGCGAAAAUCUUACGAAUGCUUGGACCCGAUGAUGACAUUUGUACUAUUCUGUCCUUCAAUUUCGUAUCAUUCCGCAUUUGCCUUCUGAAUAAGUGUAAAUUACCCUGUAAAUUUUCUCCCAACCCCCGUGGCCUAUAUUUUUUGUUUUAUCCUAACUAUUAAAUGGGAAUCCCGUUCGUCAUCUGCCUUCAGCUAAUGUAGCCAUGGUCAAU